CUGACAUCAAGUGAAUUUUAAACUAUCUAUAAAAAAUCGAUAUUCCUCAAUAAAGGAUGAGUCGCUUGGAAGUUAGAAACUUAUUUUUGGGCAAACUUCAGAAUUGCAUUGAUAGUCCUUCGCAGCCUCAAUACAAGGCUUGUGCUUGUACAAAUCCACAUUAUUUCAACACCACUAAGAAGUCUUCUGCUCGUAAACGUCAGCCGCGUCUUGUUUGUGAUGCUAAUCGUGUAAAACGCCACAACUGCUAUACUUUUAGUGAUAUUGGAUCGGAAACAUGUGACUAUGCAGAAUAUUCCACACAUUCAUCAGUUCGUUCGGAAUCAUAUAAAACCGAAGACUACUUAUCUGAUUCAAUAUCAUUCAUUGCAAGCUCAAAGUGCUCUAAAAGUACAACAAAAUCCGAAAACGGCAAACGCUCCCACGACACCAAUCGGGCAAUGAUCAGUCCAAGCUCUGCCAAUUUGCGGGAGACGGCAAAAUCAAAAUGCAAGAUUUCUGCAGUUAUUGAUGAUACCAUUAAAGAAUUGAGCUCUAGUAAAAAAAGUGAUGGAAAAGAAGUAAAGCAUAAGACAUGCUCUUCAUCACAACGUAUUAAACACUCUCCAACAGCCAGUGAAAAGGCAAAACUAAAACCAUCUCCUAAAGAACAAAAAAAAGAACUCAUCAAGGAAAAAGAAACUCAAAUAGUAAAACAAGAAGAAAAGUCAACUACUACACGAAAAUCUGAUGAAAUACCAAGCCUAGUCGAAAGUGAUGAAACUGAUGUGGGAAGUCUUUGUUAUCGUUGCGGUAUAGAAGUUGCUAAGGAGAAUGCUAUGAGGAUGAAACAACAUGACAGUGAUAAUAUUUUGAGUCUCCGCAAGGCUGAUCACUUUCUCACCAUUUCGGUGGAUGAUGUUGUUAACACAAAAGUCAUAAAUCCAAUGAUACGUAAGAUGCAACGCAUGUACAUUAACAGUUUAAAAGAAGAAAUGUCCCUGCUCGAAGACCUGGAACUCUUGCCACAACGGGUUAAUGAAGUUUACAAGGACACUAUAUUUAACGAACAGAGCAAUUCUAAUUAAAAAUAAUAAAAAUUAUAUUUUUUUUCAAUUUUUCGUCAAGAAAUAACAGUCUAGCAUUAUUUU